AUGAAACAGAGGGGUUUACUUCCUUGUGGGAUCACUUACUCUAUAUGGAUGCAGAGCUGUGGAAGUUUGAAUGAUUUAGAAGGGUUAGAGAAGGUUAUAGAUGAGAUGGGGAAAGACUGUGAAGUUAAAACCACUUGGAAUACAUUCUCUAGCUUGGCUGGGAUCUAUACUAAAGCUGGUCUUUACGAGAAGGCGGAGUCAGCUCUGAGAACCAUGGAGGAGAAGAUGAAUCCUAACAACCGAGACGCACAUCAUUUUCUCAUUAGCUUGUACGUUGGAAUCUCAAAGGCUUCUGAGGUUGAACGAGUUUGGGAGUCGCUGAAGAAGGCUCGUCCUGAGGUCAACAACAUGAGCUACCUUUUCAUGUUUAACUACAGAGAGAAUAUGAUAACCUCUCUUUAUGUGAUUGAAACCGUGUGA